AUGCCAAAACUUAUAUUCAAAAUGAUAAAAUAUUGCCCACCAAACGUGACCCUUGGCGAGGUAUGGGUGGACCAUGGAAUAUCACAAUGUUUCAUGGAGACAGUAUCAGCUGUCUUCAUAGGUGGAUUCCUAUUAGUUUUUGGAUUGAUGCAGAUUGUUAUGUAUAAAAGGUAUUCUAUGGAAGUUGAAGAUGUAAGAUCUUCGCGGCUAUUUGGUGUACAGUUGUUUUUUACACUGUUUGUGCCCGUGCUGGCAGUGAUAAGAUUCUUUUUGCAGGCGUUUGUUUUUAAGGGAGGACAUGUAUAUGGAUAUAUGAUAGUAGCUUUAACUGUAACUUUAAUAGUAUUUCCAAUAUCGGCCUAUUUAGCAAUACUUGAAAGGAGGUUUUUACUGCCCUCGGUCCUACCAAGAGGACAUGGGUUUGUCUUGCUUGUGUUCUGGGCAAUGAUAUUUGUCUCGGAGAAUCUUUCAUUCUUGAAUCUGAAUAAGGAAGGAUGGUGGUGGCAUUUGAAAGAUCUUCAAGAUGGACUGGAGAUGGCACUGUUUGUCGGCCGUUAUGUGUCUUGUAUGAUAAUGUUUGUGCUCGGCAUGAAGGCACCCGGAAUUAUGCACCGUAUUGAAUAUUUAGAGGAAGACGAGGACACUCGCAGGAAUGUACCACCAAGGAAUGACAACCAAUCAACAUUCCGAAAUGCAUUCUCCAAACUCCGGACCCUACUGCCUUUUCUCUGGCCCCGGAAGAGUCCGUGUUUGCAAUUUACUGUGCUUAUAUGUAUUCUCGCACUCAUUGCCGGGAGAGUUGUCAACCUGUACGUACCAAUCUAUAGCAAAUUAAUAGUGGACAGUAUAUCACUACCGCCAAUGAUAUUCAGAUGGGACCUGGUAUUAGUCUACGUGUUCUUAAAGUUUCUUCAGGGCGGAGGUACAGGCGGCAUGGGUCUCAUCAACAAUUUGAGAUCAUUUCUAUGGAUAAAAGUACAGCAGUAUACUACUAGGGAAUUACAGUUAGAAUUAUUUAAACAGCUUCACGACCUACCUCUUCGAUGGCACCUGUGCCGUAAAACUGGCGAAGUGCUUCGUGUUAUGGACCGUGGGACAGACUCUAUAGACAAUCUGCUCUCAUACAUUUUAUUCUCAAUUACACCUACUUUAAUUGAUAUCAUAAUUGCCGUGGUCUUUUUUGUCUCGCAAUUCAACGCUUGGUUUGGUCUUAUUGUAUUCUCGACGAUGGUGCUUUAUAUAAUUACAACUAUAGUAGUUACAGAAUGGCGUACGAAGUUCCAGAGACGUAUGAAUUUAGCUGAUAACGCACAAAAGGCGCGCUCGGUCGAUUCUCUGCUCAACUUUGAAACCGUAAAAUACUAUGGCGCCGAAGGUUAUGAAGUAUUGGCUUAUAGGGAAGCUAUUAGUAAUUACCAGAAAGAAGAAUUUAAAUCGCUCAUAACACUCAAUAUGUUGAAUACAAUUCAAAACAUAGUAAUAUGCAGCGGUUUACUUGCCGGAUCUCUUCUUUGCGUAUCAAUGGUUGUAAGAACUGGUGAACUGACUGUUGGUGACUACGUUUUGUUCGCGUCCUACAUCGUCCAGUUGUACGUGCCGUUGAACUGGUUCGGAACUUACUAUAGGGCAAUUCAGAAAAACUUCGUUGAUAUGGAGAACAUGUUUGAUCUAAUGCGUGUACAAUCAGAUGUGUGCGAUGCCAUAGGAGCCCCCGAUCUGUUGGUGAGACGAGGUGCCGUAGAGUUUAAACACGUAUCCUUCGGCUACGGACCAGAGCGUCUCGUGUUAAACAAUAUCAGUUUUAAAGUAGCUCCUGGCAGUACUGUGGCUCUGGUUGGGCCAAGCGGUGCCGGCAAGUCGACCAUAAUGCGUCUCCUGUUCCGUUUUUACGAUGUUAAUGAAGGCGCGGUAUUGGUGGACGGACAAGAUGUGCGGACUGUUACACAAGCAUCACUGCGGGCGAACAUUGGCGUCGUGCCACAAGAUACUGUGCUCUUUAAUAAUAGCGUAAGAUACAACAUUCAAUAUGGAAAACUAACUGCGUCAGCCGCGGACAUUAUUUCUGCGGCGAAGAAUGCCGACAUUCACGAUAGAAUUCUAACAUUCCCCGAUGCUUACGAUACACAGGUUGGAGAAAGAGGUCUUCGCCUCAGUGGGGGUGAAAAACAAAGGAUAGCGAUCGCGCGGACUAUCCUCAAAGAUCCAGCGAUAGUAUUGCUAGAUGAAGCUACUUCAGCCCUCGAUACCAACACGGAGAGAAAUAUACAGGCCGCAUUAGCACGCGUGUGUGCAAAUAGAACAACGAUAAUUAUCGCACAUAGGCUGUCUACAAUCAUACAUGCAGAUGAAAUCCUGGUGUUGAAGGAAGGGGAAAUCAUUGAGAGAGGAAACCAUGAAAGCCUUCUCGCACAAGGCGGUUUCUACUCAUCAAUGUGGCAUCAACAAUUGGAGAGUCGUAACGGGAACGGCAACAUCGAGACCAAUGAGGAUGGAAAUAAUAACAAUGGAGGUGGGAACAAUCAAGCUGAUGGGGUCAACGCCCUUGAUCUAGGCCAUGGACACGGCCACUAG